AAAAAUUUGGACCAUUUCUCGAUUUGUGCGUGUCAUCCUUGCGCAGGGGCCAUGCUAAUCUUCUCUGUAUCGUUCCAAUUUUAUCGGAUGUCCCCGAAGGGACGUCCAUGAUGAUGAAGGCGCAAAUAAAUAAAGGGGUUUGUUUGCCUCUCUCCUUUCGAUGUGGGGCAAAAGAUUGUUGGAAUUUUUGAGCACAGGGUUGUCUAAUCUAAUGGGCCUAUGUCAUUAUCGAUUAAUGGCUAAUGGACUUUAACUCUUUUCAUGCCCAUGUUUCUUGUUGAAUUGAGUCAUUUACUUUUAACUGUUAUUCCCCUGGUUUGCUGAGGCUAUCAACUUCCUUCUACUCAUUUUAUAUUUACGAGCACUAUAUGAAAGUAAUUUCACCGAAAAAAAAAAGAACAGGAAAGUGUAAUAUGUGAAAGAAGAGAUGAAUUAGUAGAAAAGAAGCAGUAAAAGAUUGCGGGACCCUAUAAGCUUCAGCCCAAAGUUCUGACGCUGAGGUCUCCUCUGCAGUUUCUUGAGAGUGGGAGAAAGAAGCGGCAGCUAGAAAGUAUAAGACAGGAAAGAAUUGCAGCAGGAAGGCGGAUAAAAUAAGUGCUGCUAAUUAAGCCAGAAUUUGUUGUUGUUUAACAUGUGUUUGUAGAAAAGCCUCAAAAGAACUUAUAUGGCAAUACUGAGGGAGAAAAAGAAAACAUCUUUAGCAACUUCACCUUGUGCCCAUCUUAGAGUUGCUUAUCACAACUGCUUCAACAGAUGGUAUUCUGAGAAGUUUUUGAAGGGUCAAUGGGACAAAGAGGAGUGUGUUUCUGAGUGGCAGAAAUACAGGGAGUGUUUAUCUCAACAUUUAGAUGAUAAGCAUUUGAGUCGAUUCUUGGAAGCGGAUGGCAUUGUAGAUUUGACAAAUCAAGCCGAUUCUAAAAGGCACGAUGGUGCUCCCAAAUGACUUCUUGUUUUUACAAGAUUGUGAUUGAGGUUGUUGCUGAAAUUGCUGUUUUACAUUCUUUUAGUUUCCUUAAAAUUGUUUAUGGUUGAAGAGUUAUAUCCUUUAUGUGACUAGUACCAUGCAUGACUGAUAUGGGAAAGUUGUUGGAUUUAAUGUAAUUGAGUGAGAUCAUCUUGAUGAUAAAAAGUUGUAUGUUAUAGUACAAACUUU